AGUCGGCCGCCUGUACCGCCGUUGGUUCUAGACUGAGUUUAGGAGAUCUGCAUCUGGAGAUGUUAUAUUUUGGAGCUUUGUUCCACAGCUGUGUGUUCAGGAGACUGUUCUGCUGGUGGAUCAGGAUCAGCGGAUCUACUGCAGAAUGAAGAUCUAAGUUCUAAGUCUGCUCCAGCUCCUCGUGUUAACUUUCCCUCUUGGCUAAAGUUUAUCUCCACAAACAACCAAUCAAAACACUUCCCAAAGAUCAACAUUAAGCUGAUGUAAUAGCAAAAGUCCUCCAGAAAGGGUUCCACAAAGUUGUUUGCUGCAUCUGGCAGACAAAUGAAGCCGAGCCCAGGCAAUGAGAGUACUGACCUCUGUGGGAAGAGUUUUACUCAACUGGAUAAUCUCAAACAAGACAAGCAUGUUUACACAGAAGAGAAACCGUUUUACUGUUCAGAGUGUGGAAAGAGUUUUACUACACAGACUAAUAUCGAAAAACACCAGCGAAUUCACACAGGAGCGAAACCAUAUAGCUGCUCAGAGUGCGGGAAGAGUUUCAAUCAACAGGAUCAUCUCCAACUCCACGAGCGCAUUCACGCAGGAGAGAAACCGUAUUGCUGCUCAGAGUGUGGAAAGAGUUUUGCAGUAGAGACUUCUCUAAAAACGCACCAGCGCAUUCACACAGGAGGGAAACCAUAUUUCUGCUCAGACUGCGGAAAAAGUUUUAAUCGACACAGUAACCUUCAACUACACCGGCGUGUUCAUACAGGAGAGAAACCAUAUUACUGCCUAGAGUGUGGAACGAGUUUUGCUGCACAGGCUUCUCUCAAAAUACACCAGCGCAUUCACACAGGAGAAAAACCAUAUAGCUGCUCAGACUGUGGAAAGAGUUUUAAUCGACAGAAUUAUCUCCAACAACACCAGCGCAUUCACACAGGAGAAAAACCAUACUGCUGCUCACAGUGUGGAAAGAGUUUUAAUCGACAGAAUCAUCUCCAACAACACCAGCGCAUUCACACUGGAGAGAAACCACAUUGCUGCUCAGACUGUGGGAAAAGUUUUAAGGCACAGGGUGAACUCAGAAGACACCAGCGCAUUCACACAGGAGAGAAACCAUAUUACUGCUCAUACUGUGAGAGGAGCUUCAGGCAUUCCAAUACAUUACAAAAACACAAAUGUACUAAGAGCAGUUAGGGUAUCAGACAGUAACGAGGAGAAAAACUAAAGCAUAUGCACAUAAACAAAAUAGACUAUUGCGUGUUGAACAGCAGGUCCAGCAAAAGGCUCAAUCAUGGAUGAUGCUCUUCCAACUUCCAAAAUAAUAAAGUAGAGUAACGGGGGUAACUCCGAACAGCCCCUCCUCCCAAACAUUCUUUAUUAUAUUGAUUGUUUUAUAGUUGUAUGUCCUUGAGGGGUAUAUAUAAUCUUGCAAGUUGGUUAUUAUGGUGGUUCUUAAGUGGACACUCGAUGGGUGCUAAAGUGUGGUAAAGUAAUUUCAAUUGUAUUGUGCUACAACUAAAUGUUUUUAGAGGGUUGCUAUGUCAUCCUAGGGUGUUGCCAAGCGGUUGCUGUGGUUCCCUAUAUUAUUGUUUGGGUCACAAGUGUGUUUGCAUCAUAAAUGUCACCACCUGGAUUUAACUAAGCAAAUAGGUGAGACUCCUGGUUGGAUAGUUACUGCAUGUUUGAAGAAUGUUGCUAAAACUACAAAAAUAUGGUUAAGAACUGUCCAAUGCAUUGUUAAAAAGUGGGAUGACAAUGGGGAGACAUUAUCUUUGAGGAAAAAAUGUGGUUGGGAAAAAAUCUUAAAUGAUUGUGAUUUGCGAUCACUUGACUGUCUGGCAAAUCAAAUUGUAGAAUACCAAUUUUAGAACUCAGGGAUAUUUUAACAAUAAAGGAAGUGCAUUUCCACACAUACAAAGCAAGGGGAACACGAAGGAAUUACUGAAUCUCUGUGAUUGUUGUAUAGAAAAUAAGCAGCAAAUGUAUUUGAUCUUUUUGAUCUACAUAUAGUGUGAAUAAAGAUGUUAUUGCUUUGAUCAAACCUAGGAAAAGUGGAACCCAACAUAAACUUGCUCCUUCUCUGGGUUAUUUUAUUGUUUUUUUUAAUGUUCCCAAUAUUCAUUUUAUCACUUACUCUUUCUUUUCUAUAACAUACUCUCUCAUGAAGUAGGGUCAUAAUGGAUUGGUAUGCUUGUAUAACUAUUUUCUUCUUAAUCCAUUUCAUGUUUAGAUCAUUGAAAAUUAUUUUUAGAAAAAUCACAGUUUCUGUAUGUUUUCUGUAAAGUUUCUCAUUUAUAUAUUCUUGGCAGUUUAAAGACCAGUGUGAACUAAAGUAAGAAUAACCUUGCUGUUCAUGCAGUAUCAGAAUAAUUUGUACUUUAGACGUUUCACUUGUUUGCUGUGAGAUCUGCUGUAUUUCACAUGGGGUAAAGGUGAUGAGUGCCCAAACCAGUUUAUGGAGAGCUUGUACACUUCCUAUCUACCCAGUUAUAUCAGAUAUAAUCUGAUUAAAGACACAUACAUCUUUAAUAAAAGUAGCAUUUUAAAAAUGUAUGCUUCUUUUAGAAACACGUUUUCUACUCGACGAAAACACAAAAUCAAAGGAUUUCAGACACUUUGUAAUAUCUGUAUUAAAACUAGUGUGGCUUAAAAAUGCACUGUAUGAAUACGCAUUUUAUGAAUAUGACUCAGGACACUUAACUCUUUAAUAAAAGCCACUAUGGUUCCAUUUAAGGACAUUAGCAGUUUGUCAAAAUAUUUUAAGUGUUGAGGCAACAUGUUUUUGGUGCUUUAAUACUAUUAAUUUAAUUUAGGACCUGGUAUUUUUAUAUAUUCCUACUGUAAUCCAGUCAUUAGUGUUCCAGUAGCUGCAAUGUUCAUCAUAUGUGGCCCCAUUGUGGUCAGCGCUGAAUGCCUGAUAUAUAGUAAGUGUCACCAGUGUCAAUUUAGGAUGAAAUGUAAUAUUUAGUUGUUGUGGUAGUUCUCUUCUUCUUCUUCUUC